UAGAACCGAAAACAAUAACUGUCAAAAAAACAGAACAAAAAAAGAGAGAUAAAAAAGAUGGGAAAAUUUUCAGUUCUGUAGAAAAUUUCAACCAAAUUGUUGGAAGUUUCAAGCCUUGGAUUCUCUGCAUCCCAUUGGUUGGUGGGAUCAGAGGAUCACACCUCCAAAAAAAAUUUAUUUUCUUUUGUCGAGAAAUAAAUCUGCAUGCAUUUUCAAGUGUAGUUGAAAAAAGGGGAUUUUUAAUUUUCUUUUUUUAUUUGUUAUUAAAAAAUUCAGAAGAAAAGACUGGUUUUUUUUUUUUGGCUUGGUUUUUAGUAGUGGAAAAAAUGGCAGGAAACGAAGGGGAAAUGAGGGGAUGGUUGUAUUUGAUUCGUUACAAUAGAUUUGGGCUUCAAUAUUCACGUAAGAGAUACUUCAUUCUUGAAGAUAAUUGCCUCAAGAGGUUCAAAGCAGAGCCUACUUCUGAUGAUGAGGAGCCUAUGAGAAGUGCAAUAAUAGACUCUUGCAUUCGUGUUGUCGACAAUGGAAGAGAGAGCUACCGUAGAAAAUUAUUUUUCAUUUUUACUCUUUACAACACCUCUAACCAUAGAGACAGGCUCAAGCUGGGAGUGACCAGCUCGGAAGAAGCUGCUCGUUGGGUCCGAGCCUUGCAGGACGCUGCACUCAACCCGGGAAAAGAUAUGGAGUCGUGCACUGACGAAAGAAAAUGGCAGCCUUUCACCAUGAGCGUGUCAAAGAGGAUGCGAAACAAGAACUCCAUCGACUGGACUGCGACUUCUAUGCAAGUGAACACAAAGACAUCUGAUGUUGUAGCGCCCGCGUCUUGGAAGAUAUUUGGCUGCCAAAAUGGACUUCGUCUCUUCAAAGAAGCUAAAGAGACGGAUCCAACUGGGAAGGAAUGGGAGGAGCAUCCGGCUAUUAUGGCCGUUGCUGUCAUUGAUGGAACUCCAGAAGCUGUUUUCCGUACACUCAUGUCCAUCGGUACCUCCCGAAACGAGUGGGAUUUCUCGUUCUCUCGGGCCACAGUAGUCGAGCAUCUAGACGGGCACACAGACAUUGUUCACCUUCAACUCAACAACCACUGGCUACCAUGGGCGAUGAAACGAAGAGACUUGUUGCUUCGUCGUUACUGGAGAAGAGAAGAUGAUGGCACAUAUGUUAUCCUCUACCACUCCGUCUUCCACAGAAAGUGCCCACCUCACGAUGGAUACGUCCGCGCCUGCCUCAAGAGCGGUGGCUACGUCAUCUCCCCGAGCCCUGAGGGGAGUGUGUGCAUCAUCAAGCACAUGCUCGCCAUCGACUGGAAGUGCUGGAAGUCAUACAUCCAGAAGGGGGCCGCCCGGACCAUCACCACGCGUAUGCUUGAGAAAGUUGCUGCCCUGAGGGAGCUGUUCCGGACGAAGGGAGGGAAAGGGAGCCACGAGUAUAUCCCGGGAGAGGUGAGCGAAAAGGAAGAGGUGGUGAAGGCAGAAGCUAGCUUUGAUAGGCAGCAUAGUGUGACAGAUGAUGAGUCCUCUAGGCCGCCGGCCUCGUCCUCCAACACCACUCUCAUGGCCCUCCGUGACUCGGUCGAUGAGUUCUUCGACGUCCCCGAGCCCUCAGACGACGAGGGAGGGCUUGAGACAGGCGGAUGGGCUGAGAGCCCGGAUAUGUGCUUCGUGGAGCAGCCACAGACGAAGGUUUCGUCCGCGACCAACUUCAUGAAGAAGCUGCAGAAUCUUGCAGUCCAAAAGAAGGGGUACAUUGAGCUGCCCGAGCUGUCGAUGGAGGAAAGUUCGUCGCACUACUAUGGCUCGACACUUCCAAAGGACCCUAGCUACACCAUGCCGUGUAGCUGGGCGGCCGCGGACCCCUCCUCGUUCUUGAUCCGCGGAGAGAACUACUUAAUAGACAGCAAAAAGAAUAAGGCAAAGACCACCUUGAUGCAAUUGGUAGCUGCUGAUUGGCUAAGAUCAGACAAGCGCGAAGACGAUUUAUCCGGCCGACCUGGCAGCAUUGUUCAGAAAUACGGGGCAGUUGGAGGUUCCGAGUUCUUCUUUGUCAUCAACAUACAGAUCCCGGGCCCAACAAUGUACAACUUAACCCUCUACUACAUGCUCAAGACUCCUGUAGAGGAGACGCCUCUCUUGGAGAAAUUCAUCAAUGGAGACGACGCUUUCAGGAACUCGAGAUUCAAGCUCAUCCCUUACAUCUCUCAGGGCUCUUGGAUAGUGAAGCAGAGCGUCGGCAAGAAAUCGUGCUUGUUAGGCCAAUCCCUCGAGGUCAACUACUUCCGCGGAAGUAACUACUUGGAGCUUGACAUUGAUGUUGGCUCAUCAACUGUGGCAAGGGGUGUAGUGAACCUCGUCCUCGGCUACCUAAACAAUCUCGUGAUAGAAAUGUCAUUCUUGAUACAGGGAAACACUGCUGACGAGCUACCGGAGGCCCUACUGGGGACGUGCCGCCUCAACCACCUCGACGUGGGCAAGUCCAUCGCGACUGACACCAUCAGAUAGAGAGGGAUAACUAAUUAACUGUAAAUGGUUGAAGUUUGAAAUUGCUAAAGUUGUAGUCUUUUUUGGUGUUUUUUUUCCAUCCCAUAAAAACACACACACAAACACAUAGUUGUGGUGUUCUUGGAAAUGGAGAAUACAAGAGGUUUUUUUCUAACUUUUGAAAUUGAUGUUGUUUCAUGAAAUCUCCCUUUGUAACCUUA